AUGACAGCCGGGACAGUGGUCAUCACUGGUGGAAUUCUAGCUACAGUUAUAUUACUCCUUAUCAUCGCAGUACUGUGCUACUGUAGGCUGCAGUACUAUUGCUGUAAGAAGGAGGAGUCCGAGUCGGAGGAGGAGGAGCCAGACUUUGCCGUUACGUCCCGCCUCCCACCGGUCCACUCCAAUCACAACAUUGUGGCGGCAACGGCCGCCGCCUCCUCCAUCCCAAAUGGCCCCGCCCUUUUCUCCACCCCCCCGAUGGCCAGGAAACUGACGCGUUCACAGACCUUCUGUCCAUCCUGUACGCAUUAUGAGCUGCCUUUCUACCUCCAGCCCCCUCAGCCGCAGAUUCACCACCAACCGGAUGGUUUGAGGAACGGAGGUGACCGGAUUAGCUACCGCAGUGUCCAGCAGCAGGAUCUGGACCUGCCAGUGCCUGUGAACAUUUCAAACUAUCGCAAACCAAACCUUGCCCGUUCGGUCACCAUGAGGGACAUGUUCACACGCAGCUGUAGCAUCAGCACUGAUGUUUAGCUGGGCGAGGUGGGAACUUGGUGUAAGUUUAUUUUUAAAUGGACUGGAAAGGCCUAGGCUGGACUGGGCUUGAGUCAGACAUUGUUUUUGUCACCUUGACCAGUUUUGUCCAGUCUAAAUUUGUUUGAUGUAAUCUGGUCUCAUUCUCGUGGUCACCCCUUGCAGAACGGAGGAGCCAGAUGGCUCUCGGGACAGCAUUUUCAAAGGUACUAUGCUCAGCUCCAGGACCAAACAC